AUGGCUGCCUUUGGACUUCUGGUGAAGCCCAAGAUUGUUAAAAAGAUGACCACGAAGUUUAUCAGGCACCAGUCAGACCGAUGUGUCAAAAUUAAGUGCAACUGGCAGAACCCUAGAGGCAUUGACAACAGGAUGUGCAGAAGAUUCAAGGGCCAGAUCUUGAUGGCCAACGUUGGCUAUGGAAGCAACAAGAAAACAAAGCACAUGCUGGCCAGGUUCCAGAAGUUCCUAGUCCACAGCAUCAAGAAGCUUGAAUUGUGGCUGAUGUGCAACAAAUCUUACUGUGCAGAGAUUGCUCACAAUGCCUCCUCCAAGAGUCACAGAGCUGUUGGGGAAAGAGAAACCCAGCUGGCCCUCAGAGUCACCAACCCCAAUGCCAGGCUGCACAGCGAAGAAAAUGAAUAGACUGCUUAUGUGCACAUCGUAUUAGUGUUAAUAAUACCAUAAAACUACAAGAAAAAAAA